UACAAACACAGACUCAUCAAAAACUAGAAUUUUGAAGUGCAAAAAAGUUUGAAAAUAUUCAUUCGAAAAUCAGCAUUGUAUAAAGAUGGGGGAGGAGAAAAGGGAAGAAGAAGAGGCUCAAGAGAUGGUGCUAAAAGUUGAUAUGCACUGUGAAGGUUGUGCUAGAAAAGUUGCUAGAGCCUUGAAAGGCUUUCAAGGAGUAGAGGAAGUGACGAUGGAUUACAAGGAGAGUAGGGUGGUGGUGAAAGGCAAAAAUGUAGAUCCACUUAAAGUAUGUGAAAGGGUGGAAAGGAAAAGUGGUAGAAAAGUUGAACUUAUUUCACAUAUGACAAAGCCAUUUGAAGAAAAUACAAAGGAAGAAGAAAUUAAGAAAGAAGAAGAGCCCAAACAAGAGAAAAAAGAUGAGCCUCUUCCAGAAGUAACACUUGUGUUGAACGUUCAAAUGCAUUGUGAUGCUUGUGCUCUAGUUCUGCAGAAGAAAAUCCGCAAAAUAAAAGGUGUAGAAUGUGUUACGACAGAUGUUGAAAAAAGUCGAGUUAUUGUAAAAGGUGUCAAUAUCAACCCAGAAAAGCUAGUUAAUGAUGUGUAUAAGAGAAGCGGAAAACAAGUUUCAGUUGUAAAUAAUAUUAUUCAAGAGAAAAAAGAAGAAGAAGAGAAGCAAAAAGAAGAAGAAGAAGAAGAUACAAUUAUAAAGAAUUAUAAUUUGGCUCAAAAGUACAACUACAACAACAUGGAGUACUAUGCUAAUUAUUCUCCUCAAAUUUUCAGUGAUGACAAUCCUCAUGCUUGCUCUCUAAUGUAACUUAUUUUUCAGGCCAAUUCAAUUUUACUUCACCAAUUUUCAAUAUACUCUAAUAAUUAUUAUAUUGUUACGUAUAAUAAACGUGAACAAUUGAUGAUUAAGAUUUUUUUCCCGUCUA